AAAGUGAUAAGUAAAUUGAAUUGUGAAUAGUUGGAAAAUGAAUGAGUAACGGGUAACGAGUCGACAAUAUUGGACAAUAUUAUUGUCAAAAUUAAAUAACAAAUAACGAUAAUUACGUAGUUAUAGGCAUCAUAAAAACGUAUGCUAUAUUAAAUAAUAUUGUAUAGUUUGGUUAACACUUUAAUCGUCACGAAUAUGUCCCAACUGGACGUGAACAAAAACAAACAAAAAAUAUUGGAUACUUGGAAAGAUGUGGUAGAUGACAAAACACCAACUAACUGGGCCUUGUAUGGCUAUGAGGGUCCAACAAAUGUGCUUAAGUUUAUCAGCCAAGGAGAAGGAGGAAUUGAAGAAAUGAAAGAAGACUUAAAUAGUGCUAAAAUAAUGUAUGCAUUCUGUCGAGUUUUGGAUCCGAAGACUAGCCUUUAUAAAUGUGUUUUAAUAAAUUGGCAAGGAGAAGGAGCGCCUAUUGUUAGAAAAGGAACUUGUGCAAAUCAUAUUCGUGAUGUUUCUAACAUUUUAAAAGGGGCGCAUGUUACUAUAAACGCACGUAAUGAUGACGAGGUAGACACGGAUAUAAUAUUGUCCAAAGUCUCCAAGUCAUCAGGGUCAGCAUACUCAUUUAAAGAAAGACUUGACCAAUCACAGCCACAAGAAAAAAUUGGUACUACUUAUAAAAGAAUUCAACCUAAUUUAGAAAUAAAUUCUUCGGAAAGGGAUAAGUUUUGGGCAGCUGAAGAAGAAAAAGAGAAAUUAAGACAAGAAGAAGAACGAAAAAAAAAAGAACAAGAGCAGAAAAAAAUAGAGGAUGAAAGAUUAUUGCGAGAAGAUGCUGAUAGAUUAAGAAGAGAUUCAAUAACAGUUGAAGAAAUUCAAAAAAUCGAACAAAAAACUCCUGUUGCUUCAGCAGAUCCAGAAAUAUCAAAAGAUGUUAAAAUCGAAUUAGCUAUACCUGGAUUAGUCACUGAAGAAAUUGAAAAUCAAAAUGAACAAAAUAAUAUUGAAGAUGAUUUGGGAAUUAAAGCUGAAGCUUUAUACGAUUACCAAGCAGCUGAUGAUACAGAAAUUUCAUUUGAUCCUGGUGAUAUAAUUUGUCAUAUUGAUAAAAUUGAUCAAGGUUGGUGGCAGGGUUUGAGCCCUGAUGGUACAUUUGGUCUAUUUCCAGCCAAUUAUGUUCAACUUCUUCCUUAAGAUCUAAUUCUUUCAUUUAUACCAUAAUAAUUAUUAUUAAUUACUAAUUAGUAUUUGUAUCUGCGAUUUUAUAAUUAAUUUAUCUCAAUAGGUAAUCGGUUGUGAAAACAUGUUUAAAUCAUGUUUAAGUUUAUAAUAUUUAAAACCAAUGUUUUGAUAAUAAUUACAAUUAUUGUUAAUCUAGUUAAAUAUUUUUUUAAUUACUGUUUCUAUUAAAUUUUAAUGAAUAUUUUUAUUUUCCACAAACAACCUUAUCUAAUAUAAACAAAACAGUAAAUAAAUUUUUAUUUUACAGUAAAUAAUGAAUAUUAUGUAUAACUUUUAUUGUGGUUAUUUUAACAACAGUUCUUUUUUAGAAAUUGCUGAUUAAGUAUUUGUAACAAAAAAAUAGUUAGCUAACGUGUAUCAUUAACCAAAAUCAAAAAACAACACAUAGAUAUUUUGUUUUGGAGAAGAUCAUUUUUUUUUUAGCAAUUUAUAAAUUAUUAUAGUAUACGAUUGUUAGAUUUCAAACAAUUUAAACCCAUUAUCAAUGUUUGUAUUUCUUGCUAAUUAUUCUAUUCAUGUGUUAACUGUUAAAUACAUAUUAAAUUAUUACCAUUUUAUAUG